CAGAGACAAGACCAAAGGAGGGCCUGGCAUGCAGGCCACCAGCCUGUAACCAGGUGUAAGGCCAUAUAUGGCCAAUACACCUCUCUUCAGGAGCCCCAGAUUGUGUUUCAGUUUGUACACCAGCCACCAGACUACCAGAACGGUGCCUUCCAUAGCGAACACUGGCAUUAGGAUUCUAAGAUUGCAAUAUCUCUGAUUGCAAAUGCUGUGAUGACUACAGAGGUGAAAACCCAGUUGGCUGAACAUCCACUAGAGAGUCCAAAGGCGGCACCUGAGCCUGAGAAGAAACCAGAGCACUCUCCAAAGAGUCACGGGGAUGCUGGCUUCCAGAAAGAGUCUGUGGUCCCAUACACUGUGGAUUUCGGGCUGAGCCAGGAGGACGUGAAGGCUUCUAAGCUCCAAACACCCAAUGCCUACCGCUUCGGACGCCUCAGCCACCAUUCCUUCUUCUCCCGGCAUCAUCCCCAACCACAGCGAGUGACACACCUGCAAGAUUUCACUGGGAAGCCUAUCUGUGUGGUGAGAGACGAGUUCCCUCUGGCGUCCUUUACUCAGCCUCCUACUGUCUUAUCUCCCUGUAUGAUGGGGAUGCCCACCAUUUCUGUCCCCAUUGGGGACCCACAGUCUAAUCGGAACCCCCAGCUUUUUUCUGACUCCUGGAAGGAGAAAUUAAAGGACCUGGCUUCCCGAGUGGUUAUCUUCACUAAGGAAGAUGAGUCAAGGAUCAAUGAGAAGGAAGAGCCUCCUCUGAGGGAACAGGGGGCGAAGUACUCAACCGAGACUGGUAGGCUUAUCCCUGCUUCCAGCCUAGCCCUCAGCCGCCGCAGCCGCCAUGGCCAGCGGGGCAACCCUUCUGGCAGAGAUGGAGGAGCCUCCAUUCUGCAGAACCAGGAGCUGCUGAUCUUGGAGCUCCUUUGUCAGAUUCUACAAACGGACUCUCUAAACAAUAUCCAGUUCUGGCUUCUCCAUGCUUCACCAGAGGAGAAAGAAUUGGCACUGGGGCUUCUGCAGACAGCUGUGGCUCAGCUUCUCCCAGAACCCCUCCCCUCCAUCCCAGCAGAGAAGCUGUUGCACCAACUCCAAGAACUUCAAGAACCUCCUCAAGAGACACAGGCUACCUACAGUCCAUCCCAGAGGAAGAUGAAUAUAUCACCUCUACCCAAGCCAGAGUACAUAGGCAAAGCCCAAGUCCUCCGUGUGCAUUCCAGCAAGGAUUUAGAGGAGAUGACCAUGCCAAAGGUGGAGUCAGAGGCAGAGGGCUGAGGAGCCCAGACCAGAGCACAGAGACUUUUGCCUUGCUCAAAGGCAGCUUCUAAGCAUGGGGAAGGGGCCUCUUGUCCCGCUAACUCAACACCUGCCCCUGGUCUCCAACUGUACUCUACUAAAUAAAACACUGCCUUCCCUGUAUGAGGGAAGGUCUCCCCUCCCACUGGAGCGUCUGUGUUUGUUUAUUCUAGAGGAGUAGAGUGCCCUUCUGUGGAGAAA